AUGGAAGAGGCGGAGGCUACACAGUUCCUCGAAUCCUUGCUCGGAAAGACCUUCAAUGUUACUGUUCUGGAUGGCCGACUAUUCUCGGGAAUAUUUCGGUGUACCGACAACGACAGCAAUAUCAUCCUUUCAAACUCAUUUGAGUACAGAAUGCCAUCUAUGGCGGCUGAAAUAGUCGCGGUCGAGAAACUGAAGGCUACGGGACAGGCCACGAGAGUGGACAUGACGUCGCGAUUCGUGGGCCUGAUCGUCAUCCCAGGCAAGCAGAUUGCGAAGAUGGAAGUCGAGGAGAAGAGGGAAUGGCCCAGCAGUCAGUCCUUAUCGAUUCGGACGCGAACAUGA